GUCCCGGAGGUUCGGUGUGGACUCUGAUGGACAGUGACUGUCAGCUGGUGGCGUCCGCUCUGUGUGUCCUCUCUGAGCUGCCAUCUGUUUGCUCUCCUGAAGGCAGCGUGUCCAUCCUCCCCACCGUCCUCUACCUGCUGCUGGGAGUCCUCAGAGAGCUGGUGCACCAACCCAGCACACACACUGGUGCCGCUGCGGCGGGCUCGGCGGGCGGGGCCGGUGUGGCGACGGCGGUCCAGGCGGCUCUUCAGGCUCUGAAGUCGGUGGUGACGUCGCCGAUGAGCCGACAGGAGAAAAGCCGCGAAGCCUGGAGGCUCCUGCUGAGAUCAGCUCUCAACACACUGCUCUCACUGUGGGACACAG